AUGCUCACCCUUCCGCGCCUCGAUAACAGGCGGAGAGUUCUUGGCCUUCUCGUCGCCCUGAGCAUCUUCGGCAUCAUCAAAUGGGCGCGGACGACUUCUCCUGAAUAUGCGGAGAAGCUCGAAAUCCUACCACACCUUGCCCUUGACCCAGGUCGCUCGUUCUUCCCACCCUCUCAGCAGCCAUGCCCAGUAGACGUGGUGAAUGGACAUGACUCUCAUCCGCACCUAUGCGACGACUUCCCCAGCAAUCAUGAUACACAUCCCCGAGUCCAUGUCGUCCUCAAGACCGGCGCGAGUGAGCGAGACAAGACGGAACUGCUGCUGCAGACACUGCUGGCUUGUGCUCCUGCCGUGACCAUCGUAUCCGACAUGCAGGAUGAGAUCGAGGGACACCACGUGAUCGACAUCCUCGCCGAAUUACCAUCAUCAUAUGCGGUCGACAACCCGGAAUGGAAGUCCUACGAGGCGCAGGAAGAGGCUGGCAAACAUGGCGAACCAAUCCACAAAUCACCCGACGGCUGGCUACUCGACCGCUUUAAAUUCCUACCCAUGGUCGAGAAGGUCUACGAGCUAGAUCCGCACGCCGACUGGUACUUCUUCACCGAAGCAGAUGUCUACUUUGUCUGGGACACUCUUUACCGCUUGAUUGAUCAACUGGAUGCUCGCGAGAGGUACUACAUCGGUGUCGCCACACCCGGAGCGAAUCACACCUUCUUCGGCUACGGUGGUGGUGGGUUUUUGCUGUCUGGCACAAUGAUACACGAUUUACUUCAUGACAGGACGGAGAGUCUAAGUAUCAAGUACGAGAAGAUGGCCAGAGAUGGCUGUUGUGGCGAUGCGACCCUGGCGUAUGUGAUCAGGCAGGAGACUGGGGUCGUCAUACAGAAUGCUUAUCCUACGAUAUCUGGGGAGGCGCUGUACGGGCUGGGGGUGAGCAAAGAGAACUGGUGUCUACCUCUUUUGAGUCUGCAUCGAGUAUCUCCUGACCUCAUGCAGCAAUUGUGGCGGUGGGAGAGGUGCAGACCAUACGACGAGGUUCCUACCGAUCCGCAUGUCCACGAUACUUGA